AUGUCAGAUUUCCUUAAGCCGGCAGAGGAGGCGCCCACGCGAGUCGGCUACCCGUUCAGCCACUGGGGAAACCACCUCAUCCAAUAUCACCUGGAGGGUCCCGCCCGCAUGGCGUGGAUGGUGCUGUACAAUAGGGAAUUCGGCGUUUCUAACCGGUCAACGCUUAAAAGGGUGUUAUUCGCCCCGUUCCCAGACGGGGCAAUGGAACACGCACGACGAAUAUAUCGUGUCCGUUGGACCGUGAACAUGAAGCGUUACAAAAUGGACUUUGUCACCUGUCACCAAUCAGGGCCGGCGCCUCCCGCCGCCGAGCUUGUCUACAAGCUGGGUGGCGCGAGGCAACAGCCCUUCUCCUGA